AUGAAUAUUUUACUAAGAUUUUUGGGUCUUACCAACAACUCACCGUCAAAGAGUGAGCAACAGGGGAGGGCACCUGAAUCGGAACACUUGAGGCUCGUUGAUGAUAUACUAAGAAGUCAGCUUCGAGUAUGUCAUGACAACAUACCUGUUGCUUGGCUCCUUUCUAGAAGUGCUUCUAGACAAUUACUCGAACUCCAUAAGAGGGAUCUAUCUGCUGCCAAAUAUGGGUGUGCGGAUGAUGUUAUUAAGGAGGAGGUUGCAUCUCCUAAUGUCGUCGAGAUCAGAGAUAGUGCUGGUGAUAGCCACUUGGACUUGGACUUGAGCCUGCCGGAAGAUGGAAAUGUAAAUGUAGCCCCGGCUUCAACUUCAUCAGCAGGUGUUUCAGUACCCAACACCAGUCUCAUGCCACCCCUUCCUCCACCUCGGGAGGAGAACAUUGGCCCUGACAAAUUAGUGCAGUGGCGCAGUUAUGAAUGUAGCUUCCAAAACAUUCCAUAUCUUGAUGACAUAUUUCACAAACACCCCAAGACUUUUGAAGCUUUUAAAGUGAAAAGUGCACAUUUUCAAGCGACAUUCUUGGAUGCCCUCGCAAGUCUGAUCAAAUCUUUGGCAGGAAAAAGGAUUAGCCAAAUUACAACCAACGAUAUCAAUGUUGCUAGAGAUCUAAUGAUGGAUUGGAAAUCCAUGGCGGGGUUGGAUCUAUCAUGGCUCGAGCAGAGGUACGCAGAUGCCAAUGCUAGACUUGCAGUCCAUGGACUUAACCAAGAAUCUGCACAGAUUUUGUUAGAAUUGCAACAUUCUGAUAAAUAUGUUAUGGAUCUCCGUCGCGAUUUAGUGGUAGAGGAGGCAAAAGCUGCUUCUCUUAGAGCAAGGUGUGAGGAGUUGGCCGAGAAUAUCUCUUCUCAGCAAGCUCUUAUUGAUCCUACUCUUAGUUUUGAAGAUGAAAUUUUGAAAGACUUAUUGACUGAACAUUCACACCCGGAAAACUUCAACUCUACCCUAAGCAACUAGUUUUUUGAUAUGACAUCGCAUAUCUCUUCAACUUUUAGGCCCCUUUUGGCCUUUCCUGGGACUUGCAGCCCAUUCGUUUUUGUGUGUUUCGAUGGCAUAUAAGCAAUGUUAGUGUAUGAUAGAAAUGGCUUGGAAACUUAGAAGCAGUGUAGCUAGCUCACUCACAGCUCUUUUGUAAUGUAUUUUGUGUGUGUAUAAACAACUUGUGAUGUGUUCCAUGAAUCCAGUGUCUUGAUCCAACAA